AUGGCACAAAAAGCAGUAAAAAUCACCAUCAUGUUCAAGAAACUCGACACCAUCACAAACGAAGAAUUUCACUCUCAUUGGUCGAACGUCCAUCCAAAGAUAUUUUUGGGCGUGAAAAUCGUGCAGGAGAAGAUCAUCAAAUACGCACAGCAUCAUGUCAACAACGAAGUCAGUGAAGGAUUGAAAGCUGCAGGUCUACCAGUGGCAGAUUACGAUGGGUGCGCUGAGAUCUAUGCGAGGAGUGUGGAGGAGUUGAUGUCUGUCUUCCAAGAUGAAGAAUAUCUCAGAGUUGUAGUCCCGGAUGAAAUGAGAUUCUUGAAGAGAGACGAGGCGAAGAUGAUUCUUGGGUGGGAGGAUGUUCUUUUUGAUGACGGGGAGGUUAAGAGUGUUUAA